AUGGGGAGGAAAGAGGAGGGAAAGAUGGUGGAAAAGAGAAGGGGAAGGACGAGAGGAGAGAAAAAGAGGAGCUGGGGAGGAGAGAAAGAGGGGGAAAGAGGAGGUAAAGAGGGUGGAAAAGAGAAGGGAAAGAAAGAAAGGGGAGAAAGAGGAGGGAAGAAAGAGAGGAGAGAGAAAGGGGAAAAGAGGAGGGGGAGAGGGGGGCAAAGAGAAGGGGAAGAAAGAGAGGAGAGAAAGAGGGAGAAAAGGGAAGGGGAAGAAAAAGAGGAGGGAAGAAAGAGGGGAAAAGAGAAUGGGAAGAAAGAGAGGAGAGAAAGAGGAGGGAAGAAAUACGGGGAAAGAGAAGGAGAAGAAAGAGAGGAGAGAAAGAGGGGGAAAAGAGUGCGGGGGAGAAAAAGAUGA